AUGACCGUCCCAGAUCGCGUAGGGAAGACGAUCGUUCUCGAGGAAGAUGAUGACGAGGAGGACGAGUUCAUCCCGAGAAUUCUGAAUAUCUACGAAGACUUCGAGAACGUUGGUUCCACGGAGCCCUACUGGGUCGAGCAACACAUGGGUUAUGUGUUCCUGCCAAAGUCGUCACCGGGAAACAUCCGCAAUUACAUAGUAGGGGAGUCGACGGUUGCAGGUGCUACAGUGCCGGGUAAUGUGGAGAUCGCGGAGAUCUACAAAACUGGAGACGCUGUGGCUAUCUCUUCCUUCCCAGAUAGAGUCAUACUAUGCCCCGAACUUGUAACGGAUGACACGCCCUGGAGGGCCUCGCUUGAUAGAACCUCUUAUGUUGACCCCACAAAUCCCGAAAAUGACGACUUUCUUCUCGAAGAUGUUAUGCCAAAAAGUGCCAUGACGUUGCACGAGUUGGCCCAUCUCGUCACGGCAUGGUGUUUGGAUGAGGAUGACCAGAAAGACAUGGUGGGAGAUGUGACAUAUGAGUCCAACUUGGGCCCCGCUAAUGCACUAGACGAGGUCCUCUGGCUUACAGGUAGGGGAUUCCAUACCACAGAUGGAACACCUGUGGACAGCUUCGUGGCUACGAUGAAUGCGCAAACGUACGCCUACUUUGCUGUGGCAUACUGGUAUUUUCUGCAGGAAUGGGUGGUAAAAAACGGGCUUCAUUCUUUAAUAGAAGGCCUAGAUUAG